GAGGACUAGGUUCUGGAGAGAAAUUCUGUAGUUUUCUCUUGUCAGACUUCCCGCAGACGCGUGUGUGUGUCUUUCCGUCCGUCCCGCACAGGAGUGGCUUCUGAGGAGUAGAAAGGAGCCUGUGAGGCAAGAGACAAACAUUGCGAGUUGCGGAGGGAAAUGACCCGCCCGCACCCGGGGUGUCGGCGUCACGGUGACUGUCCUGCCUUCCCCGGUCACGUGGUUUGAAAGGCGUUCUCAGUCCGCACCCAAAAGCUUCACUUCUGAAACCGCGGUGUCGGGGAGGCCUGCAAGAGGCUCGCGCAGGGCGGCAUCAAGUUCGAGCGCGCGAGUCGGUCACCUCGGAGCCGGGCGUGACUCGAAACCGCGUCAGCGCGGGAUGGCAGAAGCCCUGCGCCGCUCCUGCCGCCGCGGGGAGGCCAGGCCUGGGAGAGCUGGUCGAGUUUGUCCGCCCCAGCCUUCCUUUGCCGAUGGGAAGGCCGAGGCCCAGCGAGGAUUUGCCCAGGGCCCCAGAUCUCCUUACCCCCCUCUAGUUCCCCUCUACAUCCAGAACGAUUGAUGGAACCUGUCCUGCAUGAAGGCACUAGGACAGAAUUCUUUUUUUAAGAUUUUAUUUAUUUAUUUAUUUGACAGAGAGACCACAAGCAGGGGGAGCCUCCUGCAAGCGGAGGCAGAGGGGGAAGCAGGCUUCCCACAGAGCGGGGAGCCCUCUGCAGGGCUCCAUCCCAGGACCCUGGGAUCAUGACCCCAGCCAAAGGCAGAUGCUUAACCGACAGAGCCACCCAGGCGCCCCUAGGACAGAAUAUUUAAAUUGAAGACUUCCCUGACAAUCUUAGCUACGCCAGCUUGCUAACGCAGUCCUGGGUUACGAGACAGCAGGAAUGCUCUGUGGCUCCCUGAACUCGUGACUUUAACUCUGGGAAAUGGCCAUUUCAGCGCUGUCUAGCAACAUACAUUCAGCUGGAUUCAGUAAAUGCGGAUUGAGCUCCCACCGAGUUCUAGGAUUUGAGAAAACUAGUAAACAAGAUGGAAACAGCCCCAGCCUUCCAGGAGCAUGUUAUCAAACAAAAGAUUCAGAUAAGUAAACUCAACAGUACAACAAAGCAAAAUAAAACAAAUCACCCCAAUGGGAUAAUGCUGUGCUGCAGGUCGAGCUUCAGCCACUGCUGACUUGAGUUAGGGACGUGAACUAUAUGACCCGUUAUGCGCCCCCGCCCCCCCGCCCCAGGAGAUCAAGAGAAAUAUUCAAGAGACCCUUCCCCGUGACCCAUAUGCUAUUGGGGGCAACUCAGGAAGGGAGCGGUCGGUAGCCGAAUUGAGUGGCUUUGGGAAGGCAUUCACGAAUGAAGGGGGCAACCAGUCCUGGGGAGACUAUUAGGUGGCUGGGGCUGGGGCGUUGCAAGGGGCUUUAAGGAGAGCAUGAAGCAGCUGAUGAGCAGGGAAGAAGAUGCAGUACAAGAGAACGGAACAGAAAGGGUAGACAGAGUGCAGAUAAAACAUUAGUCCCAGAGGGCCCUAGCCAGCUGCAUCCCAGGCAAUCAGGAGCCGGGGAUUGGAGACCCCACCCCUGCCGUGACAUCACAGGGGAGUGGGGUGGAGACGAACAAAAAGGGGGUCCCCCGCCCUGGCCUUGGACUCUUAGCAGCCCAGAGUGUCAAGGGCAGAGGGAGCCUGGGCACUGAGCGAGGGUUGCCUGACUCAAAGGAACAGGCUCCCCAUUCCUCAAGCCCCUCCAAGCUGUCCCCUCCAGGCUCUGAUCUCUUUCUCCCUGUCCCGAGGACCUCUCCCCCCCUGAGGCCACCACUGGGUCCCUUCUGAGUGGCCCCUGAAUGCUCUCUCAGCAUGAACUGCGUGUCAGAUUUCUUCACCUACGAGACCACCAAGUCAGUGGUUGUGAAGAGCUGGACCAUUGGGGUCAUCAACCGGGCAGUCCAGCUUUUGAUCAUCUCCUACUUCGUGGGGUGGGUUUUCUUGCACGAGAAGGCUUACCAGGUGCGGGACACAGCCAUUGAGUCCUCGGUCGUCACCAAGGUGAAGGGCUUUGGACGCUAUGCCAACAGAGUCAUGGACGUGUCUGAUUAUGUGACCCCACCCCAGGGCACCUCUGUCUUUGUCAUCAUCACCAAGAUGAUAGUCACUGAAAACCAGAUGCAAGGAUUCUGCCCAGAGAGCGAGGAGAAGUACCGCUGUGUAUCAGACAGCCAGUGCGGGCCUCAGCGCUUCCCGGGUGGGGGGAUCCUCACCGGCCGCUGCGUGAACUACAGCUCUGUGCUCCGGACCUGUGAGAUCCAGGGCUGGUGCCCCACCGAGGUGGACACAGUGGAAAUGCCUGUCAUGAUGGAAGCCGAGAACUUUACUAUUUUCAUCAAGAACAGCAUCCGUUUCCCCCUCUUCAACUUUGAGAAGGGAAACCUCCUUCCCAACCUGACAGCCGCCGACAUGAAGACGUGCCGCUUCCACCCUGACAAGGCCCCCUUCUGCCCCAUCUUGCGGGUGGGGGAUGUGGUCAAGUUUGCAGGGCAGGAUUUUGCCAAGCUGGCCAGCACGGGUGGAGUCCUAGGCAUUAAGAUCGGCUGGGUGUGUGACCUGGACAGGGCCUGGGACCAGUGCAUCCCCAAAUACUCCUUCACCCGGCUCGACAGCGUCUCGGAGAAGAGCAGCGUCUCCCCAGGCUACAACUUCAGGUUUGCCAAGUACUACAAGAUGGAGAACGGCAGUGAGUACCGCACACUCCUGAAGGCUUUUGGCAUCCGCUUUGACGUGCUGGUGUAUGGGAACGCUGGCAAGUUCAACAUCAUCCCCACCAUCAUCAGCUCUGUGGCAGCCUUCACGUCUGUGGGAGUGGUGAGUUCAGCCCCUCCAGGCUCACACAGGAGACCAAUCAAGGGGACUGUCCUCUGUGACAUCAUCCUGCUCAACUUCCUCAAGGGGGCCGACCAGUACAAAGCCAAAAAGUUUGAGGAGGUGGACGAGACAACGCUGAAGGUCACCGCCUUGGCCCACCGAGUGUGCCCCAGCGACCAGACCACCGAGGAGAAGCAGUCCACGGAUUCGGGGGCCUACUCCAUCGGCCACUAAGGCCUCUUCCAGGGCCCCAGGCUCACCCUUGGGCUCCAGGUCUCCCGACAGGGCAUCCCACCCGGGUGAGGGAGGAUGGAAAGGGGCGGGGCUUUCAUUUCCGCUGCUCACCCCACGAAGCCACGCCGGACCCAGGUGUCUGGGCCUCCCAGUGCCCUGGCAGACAGGUAGUUCCCCCUGCUAAGACCUCCAUCUCCCCUUCACCCCUUGCCUUGCCCCUGUCAGCUUCCCAGGAGCCCCAGGGCAGCAGCACCUGAGUUUUCCCCCUUCUGAAGAGUAGAGAGCGUAAUAGUAGUAACAAGUGGUCACAAGGCACUACCGAGUGCCAGGCAGCAUCACACACAUUAUCUCAUUUAACCCUUAGAAGAAUCCGAUGAGGUAGGUAAUAGUUUCCCUGUUUUGAAGAUAAACUGCGGCUCAGAGAGACUGAGUCGUUUGCCCAAGGCCACACAGCCAAGAAGCAAGAGGGCUGCGAUUUGAACCCAGAUCUAACUCCAUCACCCACGCCCACAAGAGAAGAGUGAACUCCCAGGGGGCAUCCGCCCCUGCAGCUUCAGCCUUCGCCACAGGGACCAGGAUUAGGUUCUGCUGAAUAAAGAGUAAGCACCGGGCUUUCAACAGGAACUCAGGCCCCAUUUUAGGGGAGACCAGUUAGAUAGUGAUGCAGGUCUCUCUCUCUGACUUGGGUGGAU